AUGCCAGCUUUCACAAUCCAACCCCCAACCCCAGCCCACGCAACCCUCACCUACCCUGCACCCCACAUCCUCCUCGUGACGCUAAACCGACCCCGCGAUCUAAACUGCAUAAACAGCCAAGGCCACGCAGACCUCCACGCCAUCUGGGAAUGGCUCGAUGAAGAGCCCUCCAUGCGCGUGGGCAUCCUAACAGGAAAGGGACGUGCGUUUUGCGCCGGCGCUGAUCUAAAAGAAUGGAACAACCGCACGUCAGCAGCAACGAGCUCAAGCUCGCAAACCACAAUGCCGAAUAGCGGGUUCGGCGGACUCGCGCGACGAAAGGGCAAGAAACCCGUGAUUUGCGCGGUGAAUGGGAUCUGUCUCGGCGGGGGCGCGGAGAUGAUCAUCAACAGCGAUAUCGUGAUUGCGUCAUCGCGAGCGAUAUUUGGGCUGCCGGAGGUGAAGCGCGGGGUUGUUGCUCUUGCUGGUGCGUUGCCGCGACUUGUGCGGACUGUUGGGAAACAGCGGGCUAUGGAGAUGGUUCUUACAGGGCGGAUGGUUGGGGCUGUCGAGGCGGAGAGAUGGGGACUUGUUAAUUCGGUUGUUGAGGUUGGGGAAGGGGAUGGGGAUGAGGAGGUUGGUCGGGCGGUUUUGGAGAAGGCUUUGGGGGUUGCUGGGGAGAUUGCGGGGAAUAGCCCUGAUUCGGUGCUUGUUAGUCGGGAAGGGGUUAAGUUGGGGUGGGAGGGUAUUGGGGCGGAUGAGGCUACGGCGAUGUUGAAUGAGACUUGGGUUAAGAGGUUGUAUGAAGGGGAGAAUAUUAAGGAGGGGCUCAGGGCAUUUGUGGAGAAGAGGAAGCCUGUCUGGGUUGAUAGUAAGUUAUAUGAUUGUUCAUUCGCUAUUCAUACUACACUUCGUAAAAUUCAUACACUGAUCUCAUUACUCCCGUCGCGCCGUGUACCUGGUAUUAGCGAUAUUCCAUGCAACUUGAAUUUCAGACAAAGCGAAAUCAAAUGUGCGGUUGCCCGACAUCUCUGA